GCAUGCGCAGUGUCUACAGCGGGGCUUCUGUAGCGCAUGCGUAGGUGCGCGCCGCGGGGUUGCGGCUGCGCCUGCGCAGUGCUUACAGUGGUGCUGCCGAUGCACAUGCGCAGAGCGUAAAGUGGACAUACCGCGGCGCAUGCGCAUUGCGCAAAACGGAAAGAGCGGCGGCGCAUGCGCAGCCUGCGGGGUGGGGCGCUUUCGGGUUGCUAUGGACCCUAUGGCCCCACGGCGGAUCCUGGUUCUGGCCCGCUUCCUGACCAUGAUGGCUCACCUGGUAGCGCUGCUCAUAGCCGUCAUGGCGAGGGAACCCUACGUCCGCGCCUCGCUGCCCCUCGAGUUCUCGCAGGAGGAAUACAGCAACGCUGACACACUGCUGCUGUGUGUUGUGGGGUCAGCACUGGGGCUGCUGGCUGUGGAACUGGGGGGGUUCUUUUCGGGGGUGUCCAUGUUUCACCCCGGCCAGGGGCUGCUGUCCACCUUGCUCCACGCCGGCGCCGCGCUGAUCCUGGGCCUGAGCCUAUUGGAGGAGUGGGACCUCAGUGCAUUCACCUUCACCCUCUGCGUCUUCAGCGUCCCCCCCGCUGCCAUCGAGCUGCUGCUGCUGCUGAUGGCGAUGCACCUGAAGAGGAAGUUGCUGUGAUGUCGAUUUUUAGGGGGGGAUUAAUUUUAUUGGGGGGGGCUUUAAUUAAAGGGAAAGCGUUUAUUUA